UAUUAAAAAAUUCAAUGGCAAGAGGUACUCCAGCAAUCGGUAAGAGACAUCAAAAGACUCAUACUUUUUGUAAAAGAUGUGGCAGAUAGACUUUCCAUAUUUAAAAAAAUAGAUGUGCAUCAUGCGGAUAUCCAGCUGCAAGAUUGAGACUUUGUAAAUUCAUAAAUUGAAUAAUAGACAGCGGAUGGGGAGAGAAGGUCGCUAGAAGAAGAUCUACUGGAACAGGAAGAAUGAGAUAUUUGAAGUCAAUCGCUAGAAGAGCUAAGAAUGGUUUCAGAGCUGGAACAUAAGCUUAACCAAAAGUUAAAAACACAUAAAAAAAAUGAUUUAAAAUCAAAUGCUUAAUAAAUAGUACAUUAAUAUGUUAUGAGACUUC